AUGGCUUUCCACCAGGAUGACGUCCCCAGUGGGCAUAUUGCGGCGAACAUCGCCCAGGAAGCGGAAACUGCAAGUCGUGGUUCGCAGAUAAGGGGCAUUCUAUGGCGGACUGAAAGUGUUCCUCCAGAUCUUGUGCCAUUUGUCCGCGAACAAUCUCCGUUCUACAAGGCCUUCCUAUCUCAUCUACCACAUGAUGUCCCCUUCUCCAGUCUUCCCUUGACUGAUGCUGAAGCAUACUGGGCUGCAGGAAAGGCCUCUGCUGACAAUAUCCUGACGAAGCCCUUCCGAGAUGGUGUGGUAAUGAGAUCUGGCGGUUCCACUGGUGCUCCAAAAUUCGUUUAUUACACCCGUGAAGAGCUUCAGCGCAUUUGCAGUAUUAAAGCCACUGUCGCUUCCGUGUCUAGCGGGAUCCUUCCCGGUGACCGAAUUGCCAAUCUUAGCCCCAUGGGCGGCAUGUACGGGAGCUUCAUGUUCAACAACACUGCGAUCAUGGAGCUGCCAAUCGACAACGUCCAGCUCCCCAUUGGCGGGCAGCAACCAGAGGACGUGAUGGCAGAUACAAUCGACAUAUUUGAGGCAACUGUAAUCCUCACUACCAUCUACUCUGCGAGUAAGCUAGCAGGAUGGCUGCUUGAGCAACAGCGCACCUUGAAGACCGUCCGUCUUAUUUUAUUCACCGGCGAGCAAUUCUUCAAAGAUGUGCGCCCACUUUGGAACCGGGCAUAUCCCAACGCCCUUAUUUCUCCGUACCUGUAUGGAUCCGUGGAGUGCGGACCAAUCGGCCUUCCAACACACCCACCGCAGCCUGGCAGUGAUGAUGACACCAAGCCUGUGUACAAAGUGUUAGAGCCCGCGGUAUACAUGGAGAUCGUCGACGAAGAAGGUUUGCCCAUUAUUUCACCGGGAGUAAAGGGUUCUGUUGUCGUUACACACCUGAUCAAACGGCUUCAGCCAUUGAUCAGAUACCCCGUGGGUGAUAUUGCAGCCUGGGAAGACUAUGAGCGAAGAACUUUCAGGCUGUAUGGACGGGAGAAGGUGGCCCUAAAAAUAAGCACGACAAUCCUGGACUUGCCGGUCCUGAAAACAUUAGUUGGGACACAUCUCUCUCCAGAUAUCCCAUUCCAAAGUGUGGUCCGGCGUGCCAACGGACAGAAUGUGCUUGUGCUUAGAGUUGCGAUUGCCACACCAGAUAACUCUCCAAUGAUCAGAGACGCUAUGGAAGGUCAUCUGGCCGAGAUAUCGCAUAGUUGGAUGCUCAACAGAGAUGCAGGCCUUAUAGCACCCCUGGCGAUUGAAUAUGUGGACAUAAAACAUCUGAUACUCGUCCCUGGAAGCGGCAAGGUGAAAGAUUUUGUUGAGGAGCGGUUUGACUAG